CUUGUUUUCAUGCAAACGUUCUGGAACAUGCACGCAAAGAAGCCGACGUGCCAAAGGAUGCAAGGCCUAUAUUUCCUUUAAAAAGAGGACAGACUGGCUUAACAAACAGGUUAUAGUCGAAAGGCUUUACAGCAUUCAUUCGGGACAUGACCCAUCAAGUUCUUCUGAGGGCCACUCAGAAAACAUUAGUCAAGAGCUAGUCAAGUAUAUUCAGGAUUUAAUAUCACUUGGUGUUAAACCAGAUACAAUUCUACUAAAAUCACACAAGUGGUUAAAAGAACAAGGACAUACUGAUCUCAACAACCGAACUUAUUUUGUUACCCCAAAAGACAUUGAAAAUAUUCGGACAUGCAUGAUACGAAAAAAUCAGCAACACCGAGAUGAUGCCACUAGUACCUCAUGCCUUCUGGAGGGCCCUUUUAAAGACUAUGUUAUUUUUUAUCAGCCUUAUAGUCCUCAAACAGAUCUCAUCAUAGUUCUGCAAACACCAUCCAUGAAAGACAACCUUCAAGAAUAUGGAAGAGAUAUAAUUUUUAUGGAUGCAACACAUGGUGUCAACCAGUAUGGUUUUCCUUUAUUUACAUUAGUUGUCAGGGACAGUCAUGGUCAUGGAAUCCCUGUUGCCUAUAUCAUACUGGGGAAUGAAAAGCAGGACACACUUCAGCUGGCUCUGGAAAAGCUAAAACCAACAUUUUCUGUACUUCCAAGGUGCUUUAUGGUUGAUAAAGACCAGGCUGAAAUCAAUGCCAUCCGUAAGGUAUUCAACGAGUCAGACGUUCUCCUUUGUUGGUACCAUGUAACACAAGCAGUAACUCGAUGGCUGUCAAGAUCUGAAUCUGGUGUGAGUGGACCUGAAAAGGCAGAUUCAAGAGCACACAUCAUGCAGUUCAUGUCAGAGCUGAAAUCCUGUUCAACGGAACAUGCAUUUAAGGAAAAGGCUGAGAAGUUUCACUGCCAGUUUAAGAACUUAAAAGAUGUCUGCAAGUACUUCAGGAACCACUGGGAGAUAAUUGGUCAUCUGUGGUCUAACUUCGGGAGAUGCUAUAAGCAUGGAGACUCUGACACAAACAAUCUAAUAGAACGUUUCUUCCACCGUUUAAAAUACCAAUUCCUCUGUGGCAUCCGAAAUCGUAGACUGGAUCAUCUGAUUGAUGUGCUGCUGAACAAGACUGACAAAUACUUCAAUAUAAUACAGGAUUUGCAGUCCGUUGGGAGGGUCAAAAACCCUCUGGACUGCAAAAUGGAAGAAAUAAAGAAAUCUGCUAAGAGGAUGCUAGAGAAUGGAUGGGCCACGAAAAUUACCAUAACUUCAACAGAAACAUAUAUAUACAAUGUUCCAUCUGAGAAUAAUCCACAUGUAGUUUACUCUGCAUGUCCUGCAGAACAGUUCUGCAGUUGUGUAGCUGGUACAAGGGGACGUAUGUGCAAACAUCAUCUUUUUUUAUUAAGUCUUCUCACUUGUGGUGGUCCUGAGACUUUUCCAGACAUAGACACACAACUGCAGGCCCAUGCCAAUAACUUGAUUCUAAGGAAUAAGUAUAGCAUUUCUGCAAAGCAUCAAAAAACAAUAAAGGUCGAAAGCUUAUUUGGAAGAGCUGCAUCAAAGCCAUGUAUUGUGACAAGUAUAUGUGACUGCUAUACUUUCUCAUACCAUAAAAAAUGUGCUUGUCUACUGCUUGCGAAGGGACUUUUCAAUGAGGUGACUGAGACAAAAUCAAAAAGUGAUAUGAACAAUUCAGUAGAGCCAAUACAAAAUGAAAUUAACAAUGAAAAUGCAGAUGAAGAUAAGUGUUGUACAACAAUCAGGAAACUGGAAAGUGUACUGAAGAUUCUACAGACAUGGGAGAAAAUUCCUGAGGAUAUUGCCCAAAAAGUGAAUGAACUAGAAGUGCAAACAAAGGAACAAAGUAUGAACAUUAAAGGAUUUGGGAGACUUUGUGAUGCGGACAAGUCACGUAAAAUACGUCCACUGUUUGCAAACAGAAAAAGAAAGACAGACAGGGAGACAACCUCAGAGACAAGGACAGAUGUCACAUCAAGUUUUCCUGUUAAGUCAAGAAGAAAAGGCAAGGCAAACAGUGGGCCAAAAAAUAAUUCAAAUAGGGUUUGAAAGAAACUUUUUAUUCAAGUGCAUGUUUUUGCCAUUUUAUUUAAACUUUGUAUUUGUUAUCUAGCGCAUCUCUGAGUCCUUCAGUAAUCCAAUAAUAUUUCUAUAAAACAACCAACUACAAAAAUAAAACUUUGUAUUUUGUCUUCUGUGCAAAAAUGAA